UUCCUCUGCAGUUCAGCAGCUUUCGCUUGAGAAAUUAUUUUACCAAAGCCAAACUAUAAACUAAGCUUAUGAGUAACCAGGACAUGCAGCAUCACUAAACCCAGUCUUGGAUUAUUUUAUGGAAAGCUAAAACAGGUCACAGGCGAUUUUCGAUAUGACAAGGAUGGAUCAAAACCUUUCAUAUGACUGAAACAAACCGACUGCUGCCUGCAGACAAUGAAAACUUGGAUUUAGGUUUAUGGAGAAUCUGUUUGGUUCUUGAAUCUGUGGGUUUUUGCAAUGGCAUCCCUGAAAGUCAAGAGGAGUACGGUACACUGAGGAUCUACUGUUAUUGACCAUGGCCACCUCUUCUUGGACGUGAGUCCUACAAAGAAGCUUUGGACCAUCAUGAGUGUUGGCAAGGUAACCUUCACCAAGGUGGAGAGGGAAAAGUUAGCUGAGGUGCUUUGGCUGCUCAAUUGGAUCUCUGUGGUGACUGGAGCCAUCCUCCUGGGCAUGGGUUUGUUUCUCAAAAUGGAGAUCCAGAAGUGGCAGGAAGUAAUGUCAGAGCAGGGGGUGUUGUAUGUGCCGCACAUGCUGAUCACCACCGGUCUGGCUGCAUGUGGCAUCAAUUUCCUUGGCGGUAAGAUUUGCCUGGACUGCGCCGACACCAAUAAGUUCCUGCGUUGGAAGCUAGUGAUGAUGCCGUAUGUCAUUUGUACUUUCUUCUUCACUGCCUGCAUCCUUGCGGGGGCGCUCAUGUGCUACAACAUCCGCAGUGAGCUGGAGGAGUCCCUGUUCCUGGGUCUGAGGUACUCUAUGCUCUACUACAAGGACACGGACACACCUGGACGCUGUUACCUAAAGAGGAUGCUGGACUUGCUACAGAUCCAUUUUCAGUGCUGUGGGAACACUGGCUAUAAAGACUGGUUCCAGAUCCAGUGGAUCAGCUACCGCUACCUGGACCUGAGGAGUAUGGCUGUGGUGGAUCGUCUGAGGAAUAAUGUUGAGGGGAAGUUCCUGAUGGACAGCGUUCCCUUUAGUUGCUGCAGCCCCCUCUCCCCUCGGCCGUGCAUCCAGCAGCAGCUCAACAGACCGUUGGCUCACUUUAACUUUGACCAGCAAAGUCAGCAUCUGAACCUGUGGAGGAAGGGCUGCCGGCAAGCACUGCUGGACCACUACACUAUUAUCAUGCAGUCCAUCAGCCUAAUUGUGCUCCUCAUCUGGCUCUUUGAGUUGCUGGUUCUGACUGGUGUCCGGUACCUGCAGACAGCCAUGGAGAAUGUUAUUCGCGUGGGUGACCCUGAAUCAGAGUCGGAGGGUUGGAUUCUGGAGAACAGUUUAGCAGAAACGGCCCGCUCCAACUUUAACAUCAUUAAGAACCUUGGAAAAUGUUAUCAGGUGGACAAUGACCCAAACAUCAAUGUUCCAGCGAUGAUUGCUGAACAGGAAAUUCAUUCAGAGCAAGUCCAAGUCCAGAGGACUAGCUAGCUCUUAAUUUGUCUCCUAUAGUCAAUCCAAGUCCAUUUGUGGCAAAGGGCUUUACUGUCCUCUUUGAGAAUUGAUUCAAAGAUGACAACAGAUUUAUAUGCUUUGGAAUUAAUGUGUAGAAGCCCAACUGUUCAAUGUCAACAAACUGUCUACAGAAAACAAAGCAAUAAACAAUCUAUGUCUUGGGUAAUCCAAGAUUAACAAUGUCACUUACGUUAGCCAUAGAUAAAUAAAGUAAUUGUCAAACUUUGCCAAUGCCAGACCAAGAAACUAAGGUGAUCAAAUAAAAUAAAAUAACCUUGUUCAGGUCAGCCCUUGACUGACAUAAGGGCUGGCAACAAACUAACCUGGUCUAUCUAUGUCAGCUCUGGUCAAAAAGUAUGGGUCACUCCAUAAUGGGAGGACAUUUUGGCUUCAAAAAUCUUGAAAAAUAAACAUUCACUUUUCUGAUUUGACCUGGUAAUAAAUAACACAAAUGAACCUGGUCUAUAUCAGCCUCAUGUAACAAGGGGAUGACAUUUCAUUCAAGGUUGGCUGAGAGCAGAGGCAGGAACACACACUGAGUAAGCUGGCUUUGAGUUGGACUGAGUGGUCGGCAGAACAUGAUUUUGCUAGCAACAAACAGAGCAGGUGAGUAUUCUGAGAGCUUGCAGUGCAACGAUCCAGCAAGAGUGAAAGGCAGAGGCAGAGCUUUAUAGGAGCAGGCACAGGUGGAGGGAAUCAGAUGAUUAGCAGCAGGGCAGCUGCUGACAUGACAUUCACCAUCCCCUGACUUAAACCCAAUAAAACAUCUCUGGGACAUUAUGUUUGGGUCCAUUAGGCGCCACCAGGUUGCUCCUCAGACUGUACAACAACUCAGGGAUGCCCUCACACAGAUCUGGGAGGAAAUGCCACAAGACACCAUCCGUCGUCUAAUUAGGAGCAUGCUGCCACAUUGUCCAGCAUGCAUACAAGCUGGUGGGGGCCACACAAGAUACUGAAAAGCAUUUUGAGUUGCAGAAAUUAAGUUUAGGAAAAAAUGGACUAGCCUGCCACAUCUUCAUUUCACUCUGAUUU